AAAGACAGAAACUUCUUCCAGCAGAAGCUGAGAUCCUUUUUCACCGUCUACCUGCUACUGGCCCUCUCCUUCUUCCUCAUCAUCACCCUCUUCGCUGUGUCACUCUCCAGAGUUUCAGCAAUUUCUUCCAAACUCAACGAGGUGCAUCCGGAACGGAAACACAAUUUUUCCAACAGGGAUUUUCUCUUGUUUCCCUGCGGCCCCGAUUCCAGGGAAUGGGAAUAUUUUGAUGGCAAAUGUUAUUACUUCUCCUUAACCAGAACCAGCUGGUACAAAGCCAAGGCUCAGUGCGAGGAGAUGCGCUCGCACUUGGCUGUCGUCAACAGCUUCGCCAAGCAG